AUUACUUUGUCUCGGUCAUGAUAGAUGCGUAGAAACGUUCUUUCGACUCCUCUGUGACCAUGCAUAACACGUACAAAUGACGAAGCUAGUCAGAACUGAAUUUAAUUAAGGCAAUUGCUCUUCGCGAUUUAAUACUAAUACUUUCAACUAUAACAUUGCUCAAGUAAUGGUCAAUCGCCCAGAGAUCCGUAUUUGCGUAAACAUAAGAAUUAUAUGUAAACGUAUGUACAAUAAUAGGAGCAUCGAAUUCACCUGUUAUCUCUACAAUACGAGAUCAUUCAUUGCGCGCGUCCCUCGGAUGUUCUUGCUCAUCUCUGAGUGCAAUCAUUUAACUAAUGAUUUAUUAACGUUAUCGCGAUUUGCAGAAUCGUUGAAUUUAGCCGAUAUCCGUGCCGGUAGAUUUUUCACUUACCGGUCAUCCCCUUGACCCCCAACCUAAAUUAUUAUUUCCGGUUCUUAAUAGCUCCGUUAAUAACUGCGAGAACCGAAUUUCCUCGCAAUAGAUUGCGAUAACAUAGAUAUCAUGAUUUACGUAAAACAAGGUUUCCUAUUAAUCGAUAAGAACGACGAAUACGGUACAUCCUAAGAAUCGGAAUACAAUUAAACUUAUUUUAUAGCGCCGUAUCGAGCGGUACUAGGUGAUAUUUAAAAUAAACUACGGCCGGAGUGUAAUACGAAUCGCGACUCCGUCAGGGUAAGGAGCCCUUUUCGGAGAAUAAUAUUAUUAACGAGCGUAAUAAAAUUUCUCCUCGCCCAGAGAGACUGUUGUGCCUUGUGGUUACUAUGGUUAAAUUGAUUUUCCACCGGACCAGUGGACUACAGUAAAGAAAACCCAGAGAACGUGGUCGAGAGAACCGAAAUCACCGGUUCGCUCGCGAUACAAUCGAGGGUUUAAAUAAACUGUCAUUAAAAAAUGACACUGACGUUGUCAAGAGUGGAUUACACGACCGUAGGGGUUACUUCCCGGGGGACGACAAAGAUCCUGCCGUCGACGGACUCGAAGCAACCGCAGAAAUUCGCAGUGGCUGAUCGUGACGGGGUUUUACACGUUUUCGGUGUCAGAAAGGGGGAGCUGCGGCUGUCGUUUAAAUCCCUUCCGGGUGCCGAGAUCAGCAGACUCGUCCUUGGAGGUGUUCGCGGCUCCCAGGCCGAAAGGAUCUUCGUGGCCUAUGGGCACUCGGUCAGAGGUUUCACCCGCAAGGGGAAGCUCUUCCUCGAGUUCGACACCGGCCUGAUGGACCCGAUCGUUGCAUUAUACGUUCUCGGGCCGGACCUAGCGGCAUGCUCCACGGACCUCUACCACAGGUACAGAGAUUGCAAGGACGUCGACUCGUACCUGGUUGGAGAGACGUUGCAGGAUGUCAUUCUGUUACCCAGUGACACUUCCGGGGUGUACGCAGUGCUCGCUUGUGGAGAUCGUGCCAUUCGCGUUCUGCAUGGGUCCAAGUCACCGUCCUUACUUAGGCUGCCGAGUGUCCCCACGGUGCUGACGCUAUGUAGGGAUACCGUCUCGGACUUCUCGAGUCACAUUUUGGUAGGCACUAUCGAUGGAAGGAUAGGUCUGUUGAUCCUCCGGAAGAACGAAUCUCUUGGUAUAACUUGGUUGGUGGGGUCGAUGGGGUCGGAGGUGACGUCACUGGACUUGUACGAGUUCCAAGAGGAGCAGGACAUACUUGUCGGCAGACUGGAUGGCAGCGUGGACGUGUACGCUCUUUCCGAGGACGAAGAUACUCCUCCUGCAUUAAGAUACCAUUAUAAUUGCGGAGAGAGCGUUACUUCCGUCGCCGGUGGAAUGAUUGGCACCUUGGGGUAUCCAGAGAUCCUCGUUACAACCUACUCUGGUCGUAUAUUUGGAUUGACCACGAAACCACUGGGUCUGCUGGAAGUAGACAGAAAUGACGUCGAACUACCUAGAUUAAAGGCGGAGAUACAACAGUUGGAAGAGAAGCUUGCCGAGGAAAAGUUUGCGACGUCCCAUUUGAUGGUGGAUGCUCUGGCACCGCUUUCGCUGUCUGUCAAUCACAGGUUGACUCUAAACAGAGCCACGGCUUCGUACUUACUGUCAAUAGAGCUCGAUACCCCCAUCGAAAACAUAUUGAUUCAGUCGGACGCUCCGGUAGAACUCCUAGACGUGGAAAGUAACAGUGCGGUAAUUAGUUUAUCAGCCUGCAAUCCUAGCGAAGGAAAUUUCGUCCUAGCCACAUACCGCUGCCAGGUAAACACUAACCGCUUGGAGUUAAGAUUAAGGACUAUCGAGGGCCAACCUGGCACUUUACAAGUGUACGUUACUUCCCAGAUGCAGCCAAAAUGUUGUCGAAGAGUACAAAUACCUAUACGUGCGUUGUCACUCCAUGCGAGGUUCCACGAGGACGAAGAAAACGAGACGACAACUUUACCUGGAGGGCCGUUCAACGAGUUAAGAUUUACAGGACAGUUCACCCUGGCCGAGAUGCAUGCCUGGUUGUCGCUGGCUCUUCCUGAAAUGCCGGAGAGACCUCAUUUACAAGAUGGGGAAGCAACUUUGACGUUUACAUCCUGCCUCAUUGGUACCAUUUUGAAGUGCAAAUACAAGAAAGGCAGUGCCACGUUUCUUGGCGAGAACGUGUCGAGUAUCAUGAUCCUGCGGGAUGCACUGACGAAAGAAGCAACUAAGCGAAAGACUAAAUUGGACGUUUUCUGCGAAAUCAUCGAGGGCAGUAUAGUUAAAGUGUUGGAGUUAAUGAUGCCCAGAUUAGAGAAGGCUCGUCAGUUGACGGAGACAAUUAAAAUUCUGGACGCUCUACAGGAGUGGGAGCUCUGUAAUCCGGAGGACCUGUGUUCCUCUUACCGGGAAUUAUUGAAAACCGAGUCGAAUGCGAGAUCGGAAAUAGCAAAGGACCCGGAGAUUUUACAGAGGUUACACGGAAUGAUAACCGAUCUGUACGUGGAUUGGGAACGAGCCAAGGGUGGUCGCAGGAUCCCCAGCAGCAAGGCUGCGAAGAAGCUGACCCUUGGCCUUGAUUCCGGUGACCUCACUCUACUCCUCCAGGUGUUCGCAGGAAAGGAAACUGCCGGAGCCAUAGAACAAACCGCUGACCUGAAAGACUUAAUCCGCGAGACUCACGAGAGCAAGUAAAUAACCACACAACCCAAGAUUUUGUAUAAAGAUG